AUGUCAGGCUCACGACAGCAGCCUGGACUGGCUUGUGAGGAAUGCCGCAAAAAGAAACUUCGAUGCAAUAGACGACGGCCUCAAUGUGACCAGUGCGAGGAUUCUGGUACGGCCUGCCUUGUGAAUCAGGUUCGCUCGCCACGGGGCCCCAAGAAGGGACAUCUGAAGGCUUUGCGCAAUCGCAUUGCCACACUGGAAAGCAUCAUAAAUUGUGAUCAGGGCAAUCUCUGUCCCAACGAAAUAUUGGACGGCAGUGAGAAAUAUCACUCCGACGAGACAACUCAAAUGCUCAGCCCGCCCCAGGACUACAUCCCCAAUGCCACAAAAGACGAAUGUCGUGACAUUAUUUACUCCAUUGAGGCAUCGACAAUAACUUCACCUAUUACACCAAUGACCCCACCUGACCAUGAGAGCUCAGAUAUAAUCGAGGCAGAUCUAGUACACCCUGUCGCGCCAAUGCUCCACCAGGGCCGGUACUUCUCCUGGUCACAGAGAUUUAACAAACUAGCUUCUCACGUCUGCUUGCAAUUUGCAAUGUGGACACUUGCAGCGGCCUCAUCUGCCCAUUUACAGCACAUGCGAGAGUCUCUCUACAGCCGUGCGCGGUCCGGGAUUGAGGCCCUUGAUAACGAUAUUGAAUCUAGCGGUGCGGCCUGUCUUCAGGCAGCCCAAGCGUGGCUUCUUCUAACCCACUAUGAGUUCCGCUACAUGAGCUAUCGCCGAGCCUGGCUUACCGCAGGACGUGCAUUUCGCAUUAUCCAACUCGCCAAAUUGCACGAGAUUGAUCGGCUCAAUGACAUUAGUAUAAACAUGGCACACCCCGAAGCCUGGGCCGAGGCCGAGGAAAAGCGACGGACCUACUGGCUAGCAUAUUGUCUAGAUCGAUUCCUCAAUAUCUCUGACGAGUGGCCUCUAAGUCUGCACGAGGAAGCACUAUGCAUAUAUCUCCCCGUCUCGGAGUCAGACUUCCAGCACAGCAGGCCAGUCAUUAUGGACUCCUUAUAUGACGAGAUCGAGGCCUCCGGACAGAAAAUGCUACCGCCUUUCGCGGAGACAAUUGUCCUGAUCACGCUGUGCUGGCACAGCGUUGCAUUCCAGCGAGCCGCGCACGGUGAUAAGACGUCUCCGAGCCAGGGAGAUAGCUGGAAACGCCAUACUCGACUAUACCAAAUGGGACAGCAGCGGCUGAUGCUGAUCUCACUACCCCCGUCCUCGCCCGAACUCCACGACCCCAUGCGCCUCUUCACAAACAUGCUCGCCAAUGCCGCUGUGAUAUGGCUCUACAACAUAAUAGAGGCCCUGCAUGUGGAAAUUGAUGAUGAGAUUAUCCUGGUUCCUCUCUACUCCGCGUACGAGAUAGUAGGUUUAGCGAAGCCGCUCACCCGAUCCAGCUUUUUUAAAGCGCAUGCAUUUUCUCCCAUGCUACUCUAUCUCUCGGCAAAGUUUCUCAAGACACAUGCCGAUCGACCGAGUACAUGUGUCUCCGCGUCGGAGGAUAAACAGCAUAAGUUGGAGGAUGUGAAAAAAGCUUUGCGAGUUCUGCAAGGUGGGAAUAAUUUGGCUACGAGCUACUUGGAGCUGCUCGACUCGGACUAUGAUUCGUUUCACAAAGUGUGCAACCUGUCGACUGUUCAAGGGUGUACUAUGUCUGAAGUCACAGGUCAGCCGGAGCCACCUUUCUUCUUGGAAAUGAAUAUGUUUUAG